AUUCCCUGAAAGAACAAUCGAAGACAUGGGUAAUAAUCGACUUACCUUCGCGUUGGUAUUCAAACGAAGUAACGAAAACCUGACUGGAAACAUCGACGAUGUGGUUCUUCAAUUAGUCUAUGGAAAUUCCAGGAAACCUCCUGGUGACGAUAGGUCGCCUGCUAGAAAGUUGUUAAAGGUUUGGAAUAGGUCGGGUAGACACAAAGAUUGGGUAGAUGUGGUUGGGAAUUUGUCUGAGGAGGAGCUAAAAGAAGCUAAAAAAGAUUUAAUGUUUGGUAUAUGGGCCCCACCCAACUCUUUGAGUAAAGCUAUGGUGUUGAAGUUACUUUUCCCAAACCUAUCCAAUCCUUUUAAAAUACCCGAUUUAAAAGAGAUUCCAUUGCACGUAGCUGUAGCGUAUGAUGCUUUUAAAGCUAAGGACAUAUUUGAACUAGGCGAAAAGUAUCCAGGAAAAAUUAUGAGUUAUGGAUAUUUUUCUAGCGAUUUGCCAGGUGAAGCAAAACUAUUAGGAAAGACAACUGAAAAAUUUGAAACUCGAAAUGCAACAGUCACUUAUGAAGAAAAAUUGGUGAUCCAAUUGGCCAAAGAAGAUCGUCAAUGUUUUAUGGAUUUCAUAGACCUAGGCCCUUCGUACAUGAGUACAGACGUCGAAGUUGGUGUUUUAGAUUGUCAAUAUUUUUUUCCACCUGGCUAUAAUACGCCAGAGUCUGAAAUUAUUACUUAUCUUAAGAAAAAGACCAAAAGAAAGGGUAAAAUUGGCAAGUUCCGAGCUGGAACAGAUCAGCUUCAAGAUGGCGACAGUCAAUCAGUUAUUACUGGUACUGAAGUAGAUUCCUCCGUAGCUGAUCUUGGCGAAGAUACUGUUAUAGGCGACGAUGCUAAUAAUGAAGAAGCUGAAAGUGAUGAGGAAGAAGCAGAUGAUGUUGAUAAAGGAGAAGAAGAAACUCAAAUUUCUGACGUAUUGGAAAGUGCUGAUAAAGCUACGUCGCCAGUAGCUGAGUAA